AUGGCUCAUGCUAAAUUGCCUAUAAUACUUUUGCUUAAGCUUCAUUAUUGGCAAGCACCUGCAUUUGGCGGCAGAUUAACUUAUUAUCUUUCCUUAAAAACAAAUAAUGGUAAACUCAAACUGGCUCAUGAACAGUUCAAGAAAACAAAACUAUACAGCGAUUUGUUAGAAAAAUGUGUUGAAUUUAAUAUAUCAGAAUAUAAACCAAUUAAUAUACCUGAACCUCAAUUUAAAUGCGAAGUAGAAGGCAUAUUUAAAGACGAAAACGAUAUUACUUGCAAAUGGUAUUAUCGGUGUAAGCAUGACAGGGAUGGUUCCUUACAAAAAUCACAUGAGAAGUGUCCAGGAUCAACAUAUUUUAGUUAUCGCCACCAUGGCUGUGUAGGAAUAGGAGAAACCGACUGUUUUAUUGGAACGGCAUUGCCAUCAGAAACAACAGCAACCACUUUACCAACAACUAUUGUCCCACCAACAAUUAAACCCACAAAUGUACUACCAUUUACAUGUACCAAAGAAGGACGCUUCAAAGAUGCAUUAGAUGUCACUUGCAAAAUGUAUUAUUUAUGCGUGAUAGGUGACAACGGAAAAUUUAAUCUCGGGCAUUAUAGCUGCCCCGGCACGACAUUGUUUAGUAUCAGAUAUAAAAGGUGUGUCAAUGCAGAUCUUUCGGCAUGUGAACCUUUAACUUCUACAACCACACCAACAGAAACCAAUCCUCCACAGACCACACAAGCAUCCACAACUGAAUCACCUGAGUUUAUAUGUGAAUCAGAAGGAAGAUUUAAAGAUGAACAAGAUUUAACUUGUAUUACUUGUGCGUACUUAGCGAAAAAGGAAAUAUGCAAAAAGGGCAUUAUCAGUGUCCUGGAACAACACUUUUUAGCACUGGGUAUAAAAGAUGCGUUGAAGCGUCUAGUUCUGGUUGUGUUCCCGUUACGUCAGCACCAACUGAAAUACCUACAAGCACAACCACAAUCGAUUCAACAAAUACAACAAUAG